AAUAAUCUAUUAAUUAAUCUUGGCACACAAACAUUGAAAAAACAAAACCAUAAAUGGAUCGAGUAGUUGAUCAAAACAUAGUGGUGAUGCGCCACGGGGAUCGAAUCGACAACUUCGAGCCAUUAUGGACGGAAAAGGCAGACAGGCCAUGGGAUCCGCCAUUGACAUUGGACGGAAAAGUGAGAGCAUUCUGUACUGGAAAGAAAUUACGGAAUCAUUUAGACUUUCCGAUCCAUCGUGUGUUUGUAUCUCCGUUUCUCCGGUGUCUUCAGACCGCUUCUGAAGCGAUUCAUGCUCUUUCUGCUGUUGAUGAUCAUGUUAUUCAUUCUGUUCAUCAUUUGAGCUCUGCUGAUGGUGUCACCAUUGAUCCUUCCAAAAUCAAGGUAUCUGUUGAGUAUGGACUAUGUGAAAUGCUCAACAAUCGAGCCAUACGGCCAGAAAACGCACCUAAAGAUGGAGACUUUGCUUUUAGUAUCUCAGAAUGUGAAGCAGUUUUACCGGAAGGAACAGUAGAUUCAAGUGUAGAACGGGUUUAUGAAGAGAUGCCAAAGUGGGAAGAAUCAUCAGAGGGAGCUAGAGACAGGUACAAGAACAUCAUCAAGAUCCUUGCUGAUAAAUAUCCUACCGAAAACUUGUUGCUUGUUACCCAUGGCGAAGGUGUUGGGUCCUCAGUCAGUGCAUACACACCUGACCACUUGACUGUGUAUGAAGUAGAAUACUGUGCGUAUUCAGUACUAAAGAGAACAAUCGAAGAAAAUGAAUCAGUUGCACCCGGAGAAUUUGAGGUGUGUUUCAACUAUGGACAUACUGGAGUUUUCACUAUGCCGAGUACACCAAUAGCUGAUGAAAGCAUCUAGAAACCAGAAACACCAACAUCGUAAACAAGCAAGCUUGGAGCCAUUUACCUUGCGUGCCAUAUUUCAAAUAUACUUUUAUUUACUUUCUGUAAUUUAUUGGAAAUUGCCAUGUAAUUGCAAUUAGUGUGGUGAUUUCUGAAUCGAUGAUAUGGCCAAUCAUAUCUCCAAUUGAUUUAAGCAACAACUCUUGGGAUAAGUUUUUCAUCAUGAAAAUUUUACAUCUUGUCCUUUCGCUGAAA